UUAAUAAAGAGCGAUCCCCUCCGAAUAAGUGUUAGCCUGGUGUAUAAAUAAUAAUUCAACAACGAAGAGUCUUUCCGUUGCAUCGUCGAGCGAAAGAGAGAGAGAGAGAGAGAGAGAGAGAUUUACCAAAGAGAAACACAACAACAAAGGAGGGGAUCGUCGUCGGCCUUCCUUGGAAGGGGUUACGGCACGUGGUGUUCAGUCCUGCAGAUGGGAUCAGGGCUGCAGAGGCCCGACAGGGUAGUAAAAUACCAAGACAUUUCGUUCCCCCUGAUUCGGACAAGUAACCUCGAUCAAGCUGGAAUUGAUGGAGUUGGAGAACAUCGUAGCCAACACCGUUUACCUCAAAGCCAGAGAAGGCGGUGGUGACAGCAACAAGGGGAAAAGUAAAAAAUGGCGGAAAAUCUUGCAGUUUCCACACAUUUCUCAAUGCAUCGGUUUCAAGAACACGUUGGACAUCAAGUACAGCUACGUGGUGGAUCAGCAGCCGAUCGGAAGGCUGUUGUUUCGUCAGUUCUGUCAGAACAAGAAGCCCUCGUACCAUCGUUACAAUCUGUUCUUGGACGAAAUCGAAAAGUACGAGAUAGAGAUGGACGAGAAUCGAUCGGAGGUUGGAAAAGAGCUGUUCGAGCACUACCUGAAGCACGAGGCUUCGGAUGUCGUGGACGUGCUGAACGACGCGCUGAUAACGCAAUGCGAGGAGCGUCUGAGCCUCGGAAACAGGGAACUCUUCGACGAGAUAUCGCAGAAAGUGAAGGACUUCCUGGCUGGAGAACCAUUCUCCGCGUUCCUGACUAGCUUCUACUUCUAUCGUUACCUCCAGUGGAAGUGGCUCGAGAACCAGCCGGUCACUUACAAGACCUUCCGGAUGUACCGAGUCCUGGGUAAGGGUGGUUUUGGCGAGGUCUGCGCCUGCCAAGUACGAGCUACGGGCAAGAUGUACGCGUGCAAGAAACUCGAGAAGAAACGCAUCAAGAAACGGAAGGGCGAAGCGAUGGUACUUAUCGAGAAGAACAUUCUGCAGAAGAUAAACUCCAAGUUUGUUGUGUCACUGGCUUACGCCUACGAGACCAAGGACGCUCUCUGCCUCGUCCUGACCAUCAUGAACGGCGGGGACUUGAAGUUUCACAUCUACAACAUGGGUGGCGAUCCUGGCUUCGAUGUGAACCGGGCUAGGUUCUACGCGGCGGAAGUUGUCUGCGGUCUCGAUCACCUUCACCUUCAGGGUAUCGUCUACCGCGAUUGCAAGCCCGAGAAUAUACUCCUCGACGACCACGGGCACGUCAGGAUUUCCGACCUUGGACUCGCGGUGGAAAUCAUGGAGGGUGAUAUGGUCAAGGGUAGGGUGGGAACUGUUGGCUACAUGGCGCCGGAAGUCAUCGACAACGAGAAGUACACCUACUCGCCGGACUGGUUCAGCUUCGGAUGUCUUCUCUAUGAGAUGAUAGAGGGACAGGCGCCAUUCAGGGCCCGGAAGGAGAAGGUCAAACGCGAGGAGGUCGACCGCAGGGUCAAGGAGGACCAGGAGAAGUAUUCUCACAAGUUUACUGAGGAGGCGAAAAGCCUCUGUCAGCAGUUGCUGAAGAAGAAUCCCAAGGCGCGACUUGGAUCGAAAUGCGGAAGGCAUGGAUCCAGAGAGGUUAAACUUCAUAACUUCUUCCAGUGUCUUAAUUGGAAGAGGGUUGAAGCUGGGAUGUGGGAACCGCCUUUCGUGCCUGACCCGCAUGCCGUUUACGCUAAGGACGUUCUGGACAUCGAGCAAUUCUCCACUGUCAAGGGUGUCAACUUGGACGCAACCGACGACACUUUUUACAGCAAGUUUAACACCGGGAGCGUCUCCAUUCCGUGGCAGAAUGAGAUGAUAGAGACCGAGUGUUUCAAGGAGUUGAAUGUCCUGGGACCAGACAACACCCCGACUCCGGAUCUCCUCAUCAACCAUUCGCCACCUAGCAACGAGAACAGAGGAUGCUUUCCAUUUCGAAGAAAGAAGAAGCAGAGCGCCAGGACCCGUGAGAUACCCGUCUCCGAGUGUUAUCUUCUCGAGCUAUCGCAGAGUCAGAGCUCGGAGAUGCCGGCCAGCUGAUCCCGGAUGAAUUCGGGACUAUUGGAAACAUCGACAACGUCGGCUCGCCGGCACGCGCGUUGCUGCCUCUAACUUUACUUGGCAGGGAAAUAGUAAGUCUCGGAACCGGCGUGGUAAGGCGCCUGCUGCUGCAAAUCGAAAAAACAGCACUAUCAGUGAGGUGCAUGCUGGGCAAUCCGAACAUCAUACCAACCGCGAAGACGGUUCCACGUCUUCAUCGACAUCGACAUCGACAUCAAAACCAUAAGAGACGUUGCCGAAAGGAUACUUCGAACAACAACGAAUGAUGCCAGGCGCCAAUGGAACAGGAAAAAAAAACAAACACCGUCAUCUUUGAUCCGAAACAUCUUCAGGCCGGAUUGAGUCGGGCUUGUAGAGUUCAUUGACAUUAAUUUCAUUUAAUUAACGGUAAAACAAACGAAUAAACAUAAGGGGAAACAUGAAAUGGUAACAAGGCCGAUAGAGCUGCUCUCAAAUUCUGUUAUCAAAGAAAAACGACGUGACGAAUAGAUAUAUUACUCCGUUCUUCUUCGUUUUUAUACAUCAAAAGACGCCAUCUGGUGGCAGAAAGUUUAUUACUUCUAACCGUGCCGUAUUUGAUUGUGAAAGUUACUUUUUAACGUGUAUUAUUUUCUUUGUCAACUUGAUGCAACAAAAGAAAUGUGUAACCAGGUGCACGGAGAUUUCUGUCCCUUUGUAUUUCUGCUAUUCAGUAAAACCAACAGCCGAUAAAUCAGUUGCGACGCCAUACUGUUUUAGCCACGCCUAUUUUUCUUUGGAUUUCAGAUUUGAGAGCGCAUUUGUGUAUUCGGAGGAUCAUGAACGAUAUUCAAUGUUGCGCCACUGUCUUUCAGGCAUUUGCACCAACAAUAACCCUUCCCACUCUCUAACUUCCCGUUUUUUAAACAACCGUUGGCUCGCGGUUUAACAAAGACUGCGAAAACGGUGAUCGCGCAUUUUUUCAUCCAGAUAAAAACUUACUAUGCUAAUCAACGAUGGUCAUCGCCUGAACCACGGCAUUUAACGGCCCUACGAAUAAAGCCAAUCAAUUAAAAACAGAACGUAUUUUCGCACAUUCACCUCGUUAAUAUGGAUAAAUUCUGACGUCGGAAUGCCAUUUAAUGUGAUCAAGUAUCCAGCUGUAAUAAUCGCACUUAUAUAUAAUAUAUUUGUUUGUAUAAAAAUUGAAGGUCUGAAAAACUCAAAUUAGUCAUUUAAGGCUUUCUUCACGAGAGACAAUUAGAUAAUAAGUAUAGAAUAGCGGUAAUUUUUAAACGAAAAUAUUCUUAUUUCUCAGGCCAUUUGCGGGUACUGAAGAGUCGCAUGCUGAUACGUUUCUGCCAGUCGGUUGAACGACUUUUGAAACUGACCAGUAGCUGAAUUUCAUCUCUUAACAGUCGUGAAGUGAAUGAGAAUUAUAAACACAGAUUGAAUCGUUCAAAAUAAUACAAGGUGAUAUCUCGCAGGUAAAGUUUCAGCGAAUAUCAGAAACCUGAGAUAAGAGCGAUCAGUUUUUUCAAUCUCUGUAACUUCCGUCUUCGACAGACAGUUUUCACAGUUAAAUGUCUAAUCUGAGCCUGGCGCUGCAAACGAAACUUUGAUGCGUUUGAACGUUGGAUUCGACAAACUAAGAUUCGUGAUCAGUUCCCAAAAGUGGGUUGUUCGACGCAGGCAAAACCGAGUCUUGUGCGUACGCUGAGAAUCAUAAUUAUAAAGACAUAGCUCUCUUAGGUUAAAUGGUCAAGAGAUUGCAAUAGCCCUUAAGAUUUAAAAGCAACGGUACUACCAAAACAGUUUUGAAUCUCAGACAUUUUCGUUUGCGUGACUUUCUCAAUUCAUUUUGCCGUUCUUGUGUUAGUAAAUAAAGUAGUUUAAUGCACAUUUUGAGAUUACUUCAUUAUUGAAAAUGAGCAAUUUCAACAUUGGAUUCAUCAAACGCAUUCUAUUAUGUAAAAAAAAAAAAAGCCAAAGCACCAUUCAAAACGCCAUUUUGGUUCUCACACCGAACAGUCGGACCUCAAA